CGGCGCGGCGCUGAUUGCGUCACCAGAGGGAGGCGGCGGCGGCGGCGGCGGCUUCUUCUUCCGCGGCGGCUGAACGGUGCCGGGGCGCCGCCAUGGAGAGCGCGAGCCAGGAUAUCAACCUUAACUCUCCCAACAAAGGUCUGCUGUCGGACAGCAUGACAGACGUUCCUGUGGAUAACGCUGCUGCCUCAGCAAGGACCUGUGCACCUGAAGGGCUCACUCUUGCUGAAGAGGAGGAAUUGAGAUCUGAGCUUGCAAAGGUUGAAGAAGAAAUUGGUACUCUCAGACAAGUUCUGGCUGCUAAAGAGAGGCACUGUGGAGAGCUGAAGAGGAAACUAGGUUUGACUCCCUUGGAUGGGUUAAAACAAAACCUGUCUAAAAGCUGGCACGAUGUCCAAGUCUCCAAUGCUUAUGUGGAAACAUCUAAGAAACUUGGAGAGUGGAAUGAGAAAGUGACACAGUCUGACUUAUAUCUUUCAGCCAGCAGCACACUGGAGGACUGGAAUGAAAAAUUAACUCAAUCAGAAGCUUAUAAGAAGACCCAGGAAACCCUGUCCCAGGCAGGACAGAAGACUUCAGCAGCACUUUCCAAUGUAGGUUCUGUUAUCAGCAGGAAACUUGGCGACAUGAGGGCUCAUCCCUUCUCGCAUUCCUUUAGCAGUUACUCCAUUCGCCACUCGAUAAGUAUGCCAACGAUGAGGAAUUCUGCAACCUUCAAGUCAUUUGAAGAUAGAGUUGGAACCAUAAAGUCCAGAGUGGUGGGCAGCAGGGAAAAUAGCACUGAUGGCCUCCACUCCCCGCCAGGAGCUGGAGACAAGCCUCCACAAGACAAUGCUCCUUUCUAGACUUGCUAUAUGGCUUUGCACGGCUGUGCACAACUGCAAGAGCAAGCCCCCUUCCUUCCCAAAUCUUCACAACAGCAACAACAUGCGAGUGCAAGAAGGGGCUGAGAGCCAGUCUAGAGAGAUCCAUAAUCCAUUCAUAGACACUGCUACUGGAUCCAAGUCAAAGAGAAUGCAAAGUUUUGUACACAAAUAUUUUACACUAAAGUUUGUAAAUGAAAUGUAUCACUGUGCUGUCCUUUUGGGAGAGCACUUCAAAAUGGAGUUUCCUUAAGGUAGCUCAGAAAUGCCAUUGGUUUAGAGAGAGAAAAAUCUUUUCCUUGGCUCUCAUAACUUUGGACAGGAAAAAGUAACUGUGAGCAGGAAAGGAGGAGAACAGUUAAAGGAGAAGUCAAGUGCAUGAGGAUCUUAGCCUCAGCUUCUGGUGAUGCUCUGUGUUCAGAGCACACCAUGCAGUUACUUUGUGAUCUCCCAGCCUUCUCCCAUUAUGGUUUUUUUCCUGCUCUCAGUGGGGUAGUCUGGUAAAUGGGGUGAACUUUUUUCUGGGCUCCCAAAAGGGAAACUUCACUUAGCAGCUGCCUCAUUGUUACACUAAUGCUCUAGCUUUAACAAAACUAAAAUCUUUAUUUUUAAAUGCAAUGAACUUUAAGGAGAGGGAAAAAAAUAAAAAAAAAAAAACAGCUUUGGCAUCAUAUAGGGAAAUGUUCCCCUGGACUCUGAAAUGCAAGCCUUACAUCACUUUAUGCUUUACUUGUUUAUAAUUUUUUCUCUAUAGAGGGGACUGUGAGGGUUACAAAGCUGAAUAUUGAGCACUGGAGUUUUGCAUCAUACAGUAGUAGCAGCAUGCUUAUAAGCCAGUUCUUGUGUUAAUUUUCAGUGGUGCGCUCUGUUGCUUGAGUGUAUGAAACUUGCUUCUCCCUUCUCAGUUUAUGCGUUCAUUCUUGGAGGAAGAAUUUCUGAAGGCUGCUAGCAAGAAGUCCAGAUUAGGGAAGGACAAAGCUGUCUCUAGCAAUAUGGACACUGUAUUGGAGGGUCUUUGCUCUGUGGGACACUCCAUCUGGUACAUCUGACUGUGACUAUGUUCUCUCAGCUGAGAGCCCCAGCUAUGAUCUUGCUUUACAAAAAAUGGUGGCGAGUCAUGAAGCUCAACCAGUUUCCCAAGUGGCUGGAUGUUUUGCUAUUCUGAUGUCCAACUUCAUUGCUCAGGAGCUGUACAACUAAGUUUUCCUAUAGAGGCCUGAUCUUAUUCUAGGCACAUCAAAAACACCUAGAGUGAGCAAUUCUGUGCCUUAGAGGUGAAGUGGGAUUACUCAGGUCUUUAGACUUGUUUAUGUACAUAUCUGAGUAGUUUUAGUGGUUAUCACCCUAGAGGGACUGAACUUUCUCUGCCUCUUCUCUAGAGAAGCAAGUUUUGACACUUUUAUCUUUUGACUAAUUUCAGUUUCCCUCACCUCCUGCUCCCCUCCCUCUUCAGGUCUGGGGACAUGCUAUGAAAUCCUAGAAGGCAGAUGUACUAGGCAGUAGGUGGAGUGUAGAGUGUCAUUUAUGGGAUUUCCUUGUUUGUGACUAAAGCCAGCCUCAAUGUGAGGAACAGUGUCAGUGAAAUGGGUACUGCUGGAGCUUGGGUAUUGAACUGUUUCUCUUUACAGAUAAAUGCGGAGGAGAAGUGUCAAUAAAGCAUUCCUUUGGGAGAAAAUGA